GUAAACUAUAAAAGAUAUUAAAGAAAUUAACACGACGAAAUUCCAUAUGACGUAAUAAUCUAUUCUUCGCUUCAUGUUUCACUGCGCAAACUCGCUGCCAGCUAAAAGAUGGAAAACGAAUUAGAAGAAGAAAUCGUCGUAUUGUCUCAAUUAAAGACGAUGUCGCGCUUUAUUAUUAAUUUCCCAUUAAAUUGGACGUCUUUUGCGGUAUUUUUUCGUAAUCUUCUAAGGCCGGAAACGUUAAUCGUCAGUCUAGCGGUCGUAGCCGUAGUUCUAUUGUUGCAGUCGUGCGAAGUUUGGAAUAUCAAUUUUUUGAAUAAAUUCCAUUUGGCAGCGCAGCUAAAUGCAGCUGGGAAGGGACGGUUUCAUCUUUUUGUUAAUUCGCCUCAAGGAAGCGAUAAUGCUACUUGGGAAGUGGAUGGAGACGACGCUGCCGUCUAUGCUAUCCAAGGGAGGAGGGCGAAGAUGGAGGAUAGAUACCAACUGGUCAGCGAUCCCGAAAACGGCAUCUCGCUCUACGGCAUCUUCGACGGACACGGUGGAGAGUCCGCUGCAGAAUUUGUAGAGAAAAAUCUUUUCAAGACACUGAUUAAGAAGCUUCAGACCGCAAAAGGUCAUAACCACAUCAAUAGAAGAGCUUCAGUCAAAAUAACGAAAACUCAAGACGAAAAACAAGAAAAUGCCAACGGCCUAACUUUCCCGGCACUAACAAGCGAAUUUUCUCGACUCCUUACGGAGGAAAUCUUAACCAUAGACGAACAACUUUUGAAUAAAGCAAAAGCAUCAAGAGAUGUUGCUGGUACUACUGCUCUAGUUGCUCUUGUAUAUAAUAAUCAAUUGAUUGUGGCAAAUGUUGGUGAUUCUCGUGGUGUAGUUUGUGACAGUAAAGGAACUGCUAUACCACUUUCGUUUGAUCACAAACCACAACAGUUGAAAGAGCAUAGGCGCAUUAAAGAAGCGGGAGGUUUUAUCACAUUUAACGGCGUGUGGAGAGUUGCUGGAAUUUUAGCCACAUCCCGAGCACUUGGAGACUUUCCUCUAAAGGAUCGUAAACUUAUCAUUGCAGAACCAGAUAUAUUAACCUUUAAUUUGGAUGACUUGAAACCAAAAUUUAUGAUUUUGGCUACGGAUGGGUUAUGGGACACUUUUACAAAUGAAGAAGCAGUAGCUCACAUAAAUGAAAAUUUGAAUGAAACUCAUCUGGGUGCUAAAAGUCUAGUCUAUCAAGCCUAUCGGCGGGGAUCAGUAGACAACAUUACUGUCAUGGUAGUGGAUUUUCGGAGUUAUCAGUCAAAGAGUUCAGAGAAGAGAGAAGAAUAAAUUGCAGUAUAUACAUACACAUAAAUUUUACUUGCUAUUUAGCAAAAAAAUGUUUGGUUUUAGAUUGUAUGAUUUCUGUAUGAAAAUAUUUUGCAUGUUAUGUGUGAAUAGAACUAGAAGUUAUUGUAAUUUAUUUAAAUAUCCUUUUUAAGUUAUUUGUCUAGAAAGCUAUAAGUUUUAACUGUCUAUAUUGAAUCUGUCAUGUAAAUAAUUUGAUACAUUUUGUUUGAUAUUUGUUUUACAUGUUUCUAAUCUUAAUCUUACAAAUUAGAUAUUGAAACCAUACGGUGGCAAUGUGCUAGAAUAUUUAUUACAAUUCCAUAAUAGGUUUAGAACACUUUUAAGUCUUGUUUUUAAAGCUCUAAAUUAGGUUUUAACUCUUCCGUGGCUGAGUGGGAUAUAUUUUUAUAAUGUAGUAACUAUGUAUUUUUUUGCUAAUAUUUUUUACUUUGACAAUCAUUUGACCUUUACUCCAAUUAAUAAUUUCAGAACAACAAAUUUGUUUUACAGCAAAAAUAACACUUAAAUAAUAUAAUAACCAAAAUGUGGAAAUAAAUAUAAAAAUUAUUGCAUUAUAUACUUUAUUAUUUAGUGCAUAUUCUAUUUUAUUACAUCAUAGAUGUUUGCUGAAUAGUUAACUAUUAAGACAAAUAUUUGAGUUUUUAUGCCUUUUAUUUGAGUUUUACUCUUUUGCAAUUCUAUAUUCAAUGUGAAAAAGAUUUGGUAAAAGAACAAUAAAUUGAAUAAAUGAAUUCAUUUAUUUCUACUAAAAAAUAUUUGGCAUCUUUUUAUACACUUUAUAAAAAAGAUGAAAAGUAUUUAUUUUUACUUGAAUUGUCACCUUAACUGAUUAAUUAUAUUGAUAAAUAGCAUUCUAUAAAUAUUACACAUGUAAGUUUUCCUUUCUUUAUAUUAAUGAAUUUUUCAGUUUCAUUUAAUAUUUGCAUGUCUUAUCAAGUUUGUUCUGAUUGCUAAUUUUGUUUGAAGUAUAAUUUUAUUCCACUCAGUCAUUCAACAAUGUUUAUCACCACCAAGGAAGGGUAAAUUUAACAAUUAUCUAGUACAAGUAACAUUCAAAUAUAGAAUUAUAUAAGGUGCUAAAAUAUCUGAAGUUUAGAAUGUUGAGCAUUGAAUUAAUGGAUUAGGAGUCCAGAUUGAUAUAGCAAGUGUAUAGAAACAAACUGUUACCACAUACUCUAAGUAAUAACUAAUGUGAUAUUGAGAUGCCUUUUCUAGAGGCACAAGUUAUGAUAGUCAAAGGUUUAGCAUUUUAACAAAUUAUGGACUUAAAUUGCUUUCUUCAUUCAUAAAAAAAAUUAUAUAUUUUUAAAAGAAACUUUAUUUUCAUACUUUUGAAUUAUUAAAGUUGAUAUAUGUUCUUUUGCUUAGAGGAAUUUAAUAAAAUAUUUGUUGUAAAUAUAACAAUGCAAUUUUGUCAUAAACUAAAAAGAAAAAAAAUUAUGCAGUUUUGACUAAAUUGCUUACGUUGAAAAAAAAUAUAUAUAUAUAUAUAUUUUAGAGCUUUUACAGCUCUGACAAUGCAAAAAUUAAUUUGUGGCAUUUAAUAAUGAUGAUGUGCUGUUUUUCAGCAAUUGCAACUUCCAUUUGAUAUUGGAAUGUACUGUACACUAUCGAAUGUGUUUGUCAUAUUUUUUAUUUGUCUAAAAUAUUAUAUUCAUUUUUCCUUAUAUAUAUUUUAUUUUUUAUUCUGUUAGCCUUGAACCUGAAUGAUUUAAAUUUUAGA